AUGAAAUCUGAUUUCAGUAGAGUGAAUCGUUGGUUUGCAAAUCGACGUCGCAAGCAAAUGAAACGUCGAAAGACUGAAGCUGGAUCACCUCGAUCGCUGUCAUCAUUGUCAUCCUCUGUUGCUACAACAAACAGACAUAGUGCAUUGACAGAGUUGCUGGAAUCGGAACAAGAUUCAAAUUGGCCAUCAAAAUCACCACCUGGUUAG